UUCGCUGCGGACUGGGCUGAGCCGGCCCCCGGGCGCUCCUUGCCUUUCUGGGCAGGCGCUUCUCGUAGCCCUGCCCAUCUCGGCCCCUCUCCCGCCCCGCCGCGCUGCGCUGCGCUCCCUUCUCCAGUGGCCGCUGUGGGACAGGCUGGGAGGCAGCCGCCCGGGGUCCCGCGUCAGCAGCUAGCAAAGCCCCGACUGCCCGGCAGCGCUCAGGGCCCCGGAGCAACUGGUGGGAGUCAGACCCCCUGGCGCAGCAGGACCCCGGCCCGGGCAGAGCGGAUCGGAGCUUCCCGAGAGCCGGCGCCAUGGUGGAGAAGAACCUGGACCAAUGCCAGAAGGAGACAGAGGAAGUGACUCAGAUUAUGCUAGUCAACUAUUCCAAGGUACUGGACCGGGAAGCCAAGCUCAGCGACCUGGACGACAGAGCAGAUGAGCUCCGCAACAUGAGCUCCUCCUUCAGCAGGACGACGAAGACAGUGGCGCAGAAGAAGCGCUGGGAGAACAGGAAGUACAAGAUAUUCCUGGCAUUGGUAGUGGUGGUCGUGGUGUUGAUCAUCCUGGCUGUGAUUCUAUGGCUGUCGCUGCGUGGGGCUGGGAACCAAGCUGCUGAGAGCCGGACCUCCAUAAACCAGGCCACUGAGAGCAGGAUCACCCCCACACAGGCUGACUGAGGGAAGGAGAUGACCCAGUGCCCUCUCUGCUAGGGACGCAACUGCCCUGGGCUCAGUGCAAUAUGGACACUGCGCAUGGAAACUGCAGGGGCUGCCAUUGAAACUGGGGCUUUUCUUUAGCUAUUUGGAAAGGCCCCUUCGCAGAUGGGUCACAACACUGGGAAACAGUAUCGACAGCCCACCUCCCUUCUGCAGACUAAACAAUCCCAGUUCCCUCAGCCUCUCCUCAUAAGUCAUGUGCUCCAGCCC